AUGUGGCAUGCGAGUAGUAGUUGGUUCCUCGUAGCUCCGCUUCGCGUCUAUUGGAAAGUGGGAUUUAUUACGGAAUUUGUGGAAUUGCUUUGUAGCAUUCGUUUACAUUGGAGUGAUAGGUUGCUGAAAACUCUUCGACAGCCCACGACCGGUUUCGCCCUUCUUGGGGCUCAUCAGGUAGGCGCAGCGCAGUCCCCGAGUUUCCGUCAACCUUAUGCUCCACUUAAACCCAAAGUGGACAGAUUUCACUCGUUUGCCUGCCGAUUCGGGUUAGACGGGAGAUUUGCUCGGAACUCAGCUGAAUCCCUCGUUUUUUCUGACGCCGAAGAGUUUUACGCAUUACGUAUUACGAGACUACUCACGAGGUUGCUGAAAACUCCUCGACAGCCCACGACCGGUUUCGCCCUUCUUGGGGCUCAUCAGUCGAAUACACUCAUUUGCAAACAAAUUUGGUCUUGCGAGAGACUCACCUGGAACCCAGCUGAAUCGCUUGUUUGUGAUGUUCUCAGGCAACUAAAUGUGGUGCACCAGGCCGCCUCAUGUUAA